GCGGCGCGUGCUCGGGCGUGUCACGCGGAGCGGCCACGUGCGGGGGAGCGGUUGGGCGCCCGGGGUCAGCGGGAGCGGGGCGAGGGCGAGGGCCUCCGCCAUGGCCAAGGGCGCCCCGGGAGCGGCGGGGGCCGGGGGGCGUCCGGCCCCCAAGAGGUCGGCGGGCCCCAACCCCCUGGCGCUGCUGGAGGAGCAGAAGCGCGAGGCCGAGGCGCUGCGGGCCGAGCUGGAGGCCGAGCGGGCCCGGGCCCAGGCGGCCCGCCGCCAGUUCUCCGCCGAGGCCCGGGAGCUGCGGGAGGCGGCCGAGCGGGAGCGGCAGCAACUGUCCGACCAGCUGCGGUCGCGCUGGGAGCGGCAGCGGGCCCGCGACCUCCACCGGCUGCAGGAGGCCACGCUGCGGGCCCGGGAGGCCGAGAUCCGCCAGCUGCUGCGCUGGAAGGAGGCCGAGAUGCGGGAGGUGCGGCACCUGCUGCGACACGAGCGCGACGUGGCCGUCCGCCAGGCCCGCGAGCUGCAGCGCCAGCUGGCCGAGGAGCUGGUCGGCCGCGGGCGCGGCGGGCGGCCCGGGCCCGGCCCCGACGCCCGGGACCCCGAGCCCGCGCCGGCCGCCGAGGCCUCGGCCCUCGGCGGCGGCCGCCCGCAGGACCAGGGCCCCGUCCAGCCGCGCUGGGAGACGGACGGCGAGCAGGCCGCGCGCAUCCGACACCUCCAGGCCGCCCUGGAGCUGGAGCGCGGCCUCUUCCUCAAGUACAUCCUGGAGCACUUCCACUGGGACCCGGCCGCCGUGCUGGCGCUCCCGCCCCUCGGCCCGGGCCGGGCCCGCCGAGGGGGACCGGCCCCCGGCGCCGUCCGCCCGGCCUCCGCCGCCUCCCGCGCCCUGGCCCUGGUCCGGCCGCGCCCCGGCCCGGCCCGCCGCCGCCGCCGCCGCUCGCUGGAGAGCCUCCGGGCCCGGCCCAAGGCCGGCAGCCCCGCCGCCGUCCGGUCCCGCUCGCUGGACAGCUGCCCGGGCUCCGGCCGGGCCGGGGACCCCCCGCGCCAACCCUGGGAGCCGCCGCGCCGCCGCGGGCCGCGCCGCCCGGGAGAGGAGGGCGAGAGCCGGGGGCCCCAAGCCAAGGGCCACCCCGACCGUCCCGACGGCCCCUUCGACAACGCCGCCCGGGCCUCCCCGGAGCCGGCCGACCGGCCGCGGAACGUGGAGGACGAGGUGCGGCGCCUCGCCGGCCUCGCCCGGCGCCUCGACGACCACGCCCGGGCCCUGCACGAGGCCGGCCUGGGGCUGCCCGGGCCCGCCCCCGGGCUGCUGGCCGGCGCGGCCGACCUGGACCUGCUCGCGAAGGCCUUCGCCCGCCAGCGGGCCCGGGACCUCGCCGAACAGGCCGCCGUGCUGCUGGCCCGCGACAAGGAGAUCCGAGCCCUGCGGGAGGAGUGCGGGGCCCUGCGGGCCCGACUGGAGACGAGCCCGCCCGGCCCCGCCGCCGCCUCCGCCGCCCCGGACGCCGACCGCCUCCUCUGCGAAGCCCAGAAGGAAGUGCUGCGCCUGCAGAGGCAGGUGAUGCUGCAGACCCUGCGGGGCCCGCCGCAGGCCGGGGAGCCCGCGACGGGGGCGGCGCGGGACGGGCCUCCGCCGGGCAGCCCCGACCCCGGCCCCGCCGAGCGGCAGGUCCUGCAGCGGGUGCGCUGCCUGGACCUGGAGCUGGGGGAGAAGCGGGGUCAGUGCGAGAGGCUGGAGCUGGACGUGCGGGCCGCCCAGGACCGCUGCCGCCAGCUGGAGGCACAGCUGCGGGAGGCGCUGCGGGAGAGCGCCCGCCUGGCCCGGGAGAACGCCCGCCUGCGGGAAAGAGCCCGGACCAACCACCGGACGGACGGCGGGCAGCCGAGCCGAGGGGCCGAGGGGCCGGAAGGCGAGGACGAGGAGGAGGAGCAGCAGGAGGACGACGGGGAAGACGACGGCACCGGCGGGGGAAGCCCGCCGGAGCGGGACCGGCCCCGGGCCCCCGACGGCCUCCGUGGGCGGGCGACGGCGGGGCCGAGACACCGGGCCGGCCCGGCCCACCGCGCUCCAUCGCCGGACCCCGGGGCCCCCGCCGCCCGCGCCCCGCCCCCCACCAACCCCCGACUCGCCCCCGACUCGCCGGAGGGCCCCGGGCCCGAAGAGUCGGGGCCGGAGGCGAGGCGCCGCCGCCCCGGCUCGGCCCGGCUCAGGGUCUUCCUGGCCCGGCACAGCUACGACCCCUUCCUCGGCCCCAACGAGAGCCCCGAGGCGGAGCUGCCGCUGACGGCGGGCGAGUACAUCUACAUCUUCGGGGAGGUGGACGAGGACGGCUUCCUGGAGGGGGAGCUGAUGGACGGCCGGCGGGGGCUGGUCCCCUCCAACCUGGUGGAACAGGUGUCCGACAGCGACAGGGCCUCCUUCCCGCCCCCGGAGCUCAGCGACUUCGCCGCCGUCUCCGGCCGCGGCGCCGGCCCCCUCGGGCCCUGGGACGAGUGCAACUACCCGGAGGACGGCCCGUGGCCCGAGCGGGCGCCGAGGGGUCCGCGGGUGCCCGCGGAGGCCCCCGGCGCGCCCUGCCCGCGGUGCCCGCUCCAGGCCACCCGGCCCCCACGCCGUCAGCCCGUCGGCGACCCCCGGGCCCGCGGCGAGCCCGGCCUCUCGGGGGGCAGCCGGGCCUUGCCGGGCACCCCCGGGAGGCCGGCGGGCCUCAGGCUGUGCGGCGUCGCCGCCACCUCCGCCGAGAUCACCUGGUCAGGCGACGGCAUCUCCCCGCACGCCGUCUACCUGGACGGCGAGCAGCAGGCGCUGACCGGGGCCGGCGUGGGCGCCUUCUCCUUCCGCGGCCUGCGGCCCCGGACCCGGUACGGCGUCAGCGUGGAGGCCUGGCCGCUGGCCCGGCGGGAGCGGCCUCCGGCCCCCGGGCUGACCUUCACCACCCUGGCCCCCGGGCCCCCGGACCCGCCCCUGGCCGUGGCCGUGGAGCCGCUGCCCACGCCGGGGGCCGUGGCCGUCAGCUGGAUCCCGGUGACCAUCGACGCCGCGGGCUCGUCCAACGGGGCGCGGGUCACGGGCUACGCGGUGUACGCCGACGGCCUGAAGGUGGCCGAAGUGGUGUCCCCCACGGCCGGGAGCGCCCUGCUGGAGCUGCCCUGGCCGCACGCCCCGCGGCCCCCCCACGCGGUGUCCGUGAGGACCCUGUCACGCUACGGGGAGUCCCCGGAUUCGGUGCCCGCCCAGAUCCCCGCCGGCCUGGUGCCGCGCCCCCCUCCCGCCGCCAGCCACCCCUGGGAGUGGACGCCCCCGGCCCGGCCCGGCCCGCCGCCCCCGGCAUCCCCUGCGAGACCGGCGUCCCCCCCGCCCCCUGCCCAGCUCGCCGCCCAGCCUCCGGUCCUGGUCACCGCCCAGCCCGCGGUCCUGCUCACCGCCCGCGCCGCUGCGGUCCAGCCCGCGGCCCACGCCACGGUCCAGGCUACCGUCUACCUGGCCGCCCGGCCCACGGUCCAGCCCGUGGCCCCGCCUGACGCCCAGCCCGCCGUCCACCCCGCAGGCUGGCCCCAGGUCCACCUAACGGCCCAGCCAGGCGGCCGGCCUGCGCUCGGCCCCGCCGGGCGCCUGGCAACUCAGCCCGACCCCCAGGCCGCGGUCCACCCCGCCGUCCACCCCACAGUCCGAUCCCCUGCCCGCCCUGAAGCCCCGACUGACACCCGGCCGCCUGCCGACCCCACGGCCCGGUCUGCCAACCGGUAUGAGGUCUACCCCGCCGCCCAGCCCGCGGUCCACCGUGCUCCGGCCUCGGAGGGACCCCCGGAAGUCGCCCCGGAGAAGAGGACGGAGACCUCGGCAGAUGGCUGGGAGGAGGAGGAGGAGGAGGAGGAAGAAGAAGAGAAGGAGGAGGAGGAAGAAGAAGAGAAGGAGGAAGUGGAGGAAAGUCUGCGUGAAGGUGUUGGGGGCUCUGACCUGCACAGCCUGAAGGAUAAACCGGGCAACCCAAGUGCUAGAGGUGGCGUUUUGGGAAAGAGAGAGCCCCAAGUCCCCGGCCCCAGAGGCCGCUGGGAGUGCCAACCACCAUCGGGCCAGGAAACCCAAUCCCCGGCGGAGAGCCACGGGGCCCAGCCCCCGGGAUCUCCGGGAAACCCUGGCCCGGAGCCGGCGGUGGCCAGCGCCGCUGACGGUCCCCUGACCGCGUCGGACGCCCCCCCGGGGGCCGCCGGAGGGCCGGGGGCGGAGGCGGAGGGAUCGCGCUCGGGAGAGCGAUGUGGCCUUGGCUCUCCACGCGUUGGGGGCCCGGCGGGUGCAGGCCCCCCACCCGCCAGGUCCCCGGCGGCCACGGCGGCCUCCGGGCCCGGGAACGACCGCCACCCCACCGCCGCCGGCACCCCGGGCCAGCCCACCUCGAGCCCGGGGCCGAGAACCAGGAGGGCCCCUCCCCCGGGGAGUAAAAAGACCAGGGGGGCCUCGACCCCUCAGCCCUGCUGAAGGCCGAGACCCCCCGGACCGACAGCGAGGGGCCUGGAAGCAGAGAGCGUGGAAAUCAAACAACCAAUAAAACAUCUUUCUUCCGUA